AUGGGGGAAUGUCCUGUAUCGUGUAGAUUCACAUUUGGCUAUUGUGUUUUUCUGGGCAAUAAUAUCAUAUCUUGGUCGUCUAAACGCCAAGCUACCAUUUCUCGCUCUAGUGUUGAAGCAGAAUACAGAGGUGUUGCUAAUGCAGUUGUAGAGACAUCAUGGUUACGAAAUCUUCUCAGAAAGCUUCACUGCCCACCAAUUAAAGCCACGAUCGUUUAUUGUGACAAUAGUAAAACUGAUAUUGUCUCCAAGACAAGUGCUGAAGAAAGCAAUGAAGCAGGUGGUGGUGGAGACAUGACAGGGCGAAACAAACACACAUGGACUACUGAAGAGGCUGCAAAGUUAAUUGAGGCAUUGUUGGAGUUACAUGUAUCGGAAAAGUAUGGUGGUGCCGACAACGGAUUCAAACCCGGGUAUUUGAAGACAGUGCAACAAUUACUAGAUGUAAGUCUUUCUAACUCGGGUUUGAAAGCAGAGCCUCGUAUUAAAUCGAAGAUGAAGACAUGGAAAAACCAUUUCAACAUCGUGCAUGUCAUGGUAUAUGGAAUAAACAUGAGUGGAUUCGACUGGGAUACGGAUAAAUGUUGUGUUACUGUCAAUGCUGAAGUGUGGGAUGAAUACAUAAAGAGUCAUAAAGAUGCUGCAUGUUUUCGCGAUAAACCAUUUCCUCAAUUUGAUAACUUAUGUAAAAUAUUUGGGAAGGAUAGAGCUACUGGUCAUGGAGCUACUGAUCUUGGAGAAGAUGUGACUGAAGAGACACAAAGAAACUCACAUGUUGAUGUGGAAGGGUUGGAAGAGAUUGUUGAAGAGACGCAACAAAUUGCUCGUGUCAAUAGUAAACGCAAAAGGCCUCCAACGGAUGACACAGAAAGCUCUUAUAAGGAAGCAACGAAAGAAAUGAAAGAGACUUUCAAGGAGUUGGUGAAAAACUUAAUCAAACAAUAUUCAAUAUAGGAAGACAAGAAAAUAAGGAGACAUGUGAUAUGAUAGAUAAAGUUAUCGUUGAUAUACAACACAUGCCAAAUAUCAAUGUCAAACAGCGAAUUGAGGCGAUUGACAUGUUUAGCAAAGAUCAAUUUCGUGCUUGAGCGUUUUUUAA